CUCGCUCGAGUGUGCCUCGAUUUGGUUUUCUCGACGAUUUUCCCAACUAACAACAGCCAACCAAUUAGUGAAGAAACCAGAUUUCUCGAGUAUAAUAAAUGCGAUGCUUUUGAUCGUUCCUUGGCAUCAUGUAUUCGCGGGGAUUCACCAACGGGGCCACUCUGCUCUUUCUGGGUCUCGCCGUCUUCUGGUUCUAUAGAUACCCUUCUCACUCUCCUUCUAAUAUGGCCGAAGAAACCCCCAAAUCCGUUUACGAUUUCACUGUCAAGGAUAUCCGUGGAAAUGAUGCACCUCUUACCAAUUACAAUGGAAAGGUCCUUCUGAUAGUCAAUGUUGCUUCCAAAUGUGGUUUAACGCAAUCAAAUUACAAGGAGUUGAACAUACUGUAUGAAAAAUACAAAGAUCAAGGUUUUGAGAUAUUAGCAUUUCCUUGCAACCAGUUUGCUUGGCAAGAACCAGGCACUAAUGAGGAGAUUCAGGACACUGUAUGCACAAUGUUCAAAGCUGAGUUCCCAAUUUUUGAAAAGAUUGAGGUGAAUGGAAAGAAUGCAGCACCACUCUACAAGUUCCUGAAAUCAGAGAAAGGUGGGAUAUUUGGGGAUGCAAUCAAAUGGAACUUCACAAAGUUUUUGAUAAACAAAGAAGGGAAAGUUGUGCAGCGAUAUGCUCCCAGAACUUCACCUCUUAAGAUUGAGAAAGACAUACAGGAUCUGCUGGUACCUUCUUAAGCAAUAAGGUCAGAUCCACCCCAUGUUUAGAAUUGAAAUUAUUGGCACUUUGAUCAGCUGGAAUAGUUUGAAAAUAUCUGUUGAUGUUUUUGAUAAAAAAAAAUUGUUUUAAGAAAUUAUAUGGGCAAUGUCUUUACUGCUUCACGCUCAAGACGGAUCUUGAAAACUAAACUGGUUAUUUUCCAGAGUCCAGACACGUGUUGUCAACUCUAAAGGAUGUUAAAAAGUUCCAAACAAGUAGACCGAUCUUUAAACCCAAAUCUUAGUAUGGUUUGUUUGGCUUGCCUGAAA